CCUCUCCCAUCACCACAGUUGUCCUCCUCCUCCUCCUCCUCCACCACCACCACCACCACCGUGACCGUCCUCUUCCUAAUACUCCUUCCACUCUUCACCAACCCAACAACUGCUUGUUCAAGACCACCAUCCACCGCCAAAAUCUCAUGUCCUCCAUUCACUUCCACCCCCCCCUUCCCAUUCUCCUCCACACCCGGUUGUGGCCAUCCAUCUUUCCAAAUCCAAUGCACAUUACCAUACUCAACCAUGUCCAUCAACAAUAUCUCUUUCUCUCUCCUCCACUAUGACCCCAAGUCAACCUCACUUCUCCUCUCACCCACAACCACCUCCGCCACCGCCUCCGCCACCGCCGCCGCCGCCGCCGCCACCUCUGACCACAAUUGCACUUCUUCACUGUUCCUCUCCAUCCCAAACAGAUCUAUUAGUCUCUCUGGCUCUCCAUUUCGAGUCUCUGACUCUUCCUGUUCUCGCCUCUCAGUCCUCAAACCUUGCCCACCUCCAAACCUCCCGAACUGCAGUCGCUGUUCAUGGGAUUGCAAGCUUAUCAAGAACCCUCUUCAGCUUCUUAAUGAAUGUGGAUCUAAUCAUCGUCAAGUCUCUGAACAAGGUUGCCAAGGAGAUAUUCUUGGGUUUCUACACAAUUUCUUGAAAUGGGGCAUUGAAGUUGAAUGGGACGAAGAAGAAGACUCAUUUUUCUCCAGUUGCAAGCAAUGCCAAGCCAGCAAUGGGAUUUGUGGGUUCAAUUCCUCCGAACCCACCAAGCCAUUUGUAUGUUUUCCAACCCAAACUCGAAUCUCCCCUCCACGGAUUCAUCAACUAAGCCCAAAUAGCAUCGCUGUUUUGUCUAUAAUUUUUCUCUCCAUUUGUAUGUCGGUUGUUAUAUCUAUUGCUACAGUUAUAUUUCUCUACAGAAGAAACUCAUUACCUCCGGAAGAAGACCCCACCAUUGUUUUCCUCCACCGCCACCGUUCAGCUAGUCUCCUCCCACCAGAGUUCACCUACGAAGAACUCGAUUCAUCCACCAAUCAUUUCGAUCCCAAACGCAAGAUCGGCGACGGUGGAUUUGGUUCUGUCUACUUGGGUCAGGUUUACGAUGGCCGAAUAGUCGCCGUCAAAUACCUGCACAAACACCACCCCACCACCGCCGCCGGUGCCAAGGCCUUCUCCACAAAGUCUUUCUGUAACGAAAUCUUGAUUCUAUCUUCCAUACACCACCCCAAUCUCGUCAAGCUUCAUGGGUAUUGUAGUGACCCAAGAGGGCUUCUCUUGGUGUACGACUAUGUCCCCAAUGGUACGCUCGCUGAUCAUCUUCAUGGCACCAAGAGCUUGUACAGGAAAGGGUCGUUAAAAUGGCAAGUAAGAUUGGACAUUGCUCUACAAACAGCCAUGGCGAUCGAGUAUUUACACUUCUCAGUUGUGCCACCCAUAGUCCAUAGAGAUGUAACUUCGUCUAAUAUUUUUGUGGAGAGAGAUAUGAGAGUGAAAGUGGGUGAUUUUGGUCUGUCAAGGAUUUUACUGUGCUCUGGAACAGCUUCUUCUAAUGGCAAUUCUGGGUGUGUUUGGACUGGUCCACAAGGUACACCAGGAUAUCUAGAUCCAGAUUAUUAUAGCUCGUUCUUAUUGACUGAGAAAAGUGAUAUUUAUAGCUUGGGGGUGGUGUUGCUGGAGUUGAUAACGGGGAUGAAGGCUGUGGACCAGAAGAGAGAGAAGAGGGAAAUGGCAUUGGCUGAUUUGGCAGUGUCGAAAAUACAGAUGGGGUUGUUGAACCAGGUGGUGGACGCGGUUUUGGUGGUGGAUGGGGAGGCGAUGGAGGGGGUGCACGCUGUGGCGGAGUUGGCGUUCCGUUGUGUCGCGGUGGAGAAGGAUGAUAGGCCGGAUGCUAGGGAGGUGGUGGCGGAGUUGAGGAGGGUUCGAAGCCUCGGGCGUGGGGUUGGAGGCAUGGUGAGGCCGUCGAAUUCGAGCAGUGUUGUGCCUGAUGGGAUUGAGUUGGGAUUGACUAAUGCCUAAUGGCCUGGAGGCGUUGGAAUUGGUAUAGUCAGUGGGGAGUUUUGUAUCAAUAAUGCUAUUCGUAAAACUUAACUGCUAAUUCAACAAUCACAAUGAAAGAUCGAUUGUAUGUCUUCAAAACAGGUCUCGAAUUUGUGUACGUGUGAACAGUUGAUAGAUGCACAGGGGGGGAGUUUUGACAUAAGGUAUUAGAUGUUUUGUUUGAUUUUGAUGAAGAAAAUGUUGAUUAGAUUGUUGGUCUUCCGUCAACUAAUCAAUCCUGCUCUUCCUGUUUCCUCUUCUUUUUCUUUUUCCCCUUUUCUUACUUGUUUUAGACCUUUCUUUUGUAAUUGAGAAAUUGACCCGUCCAAUUCAUGGUUGCAAUGUAAAUUUUGAAUGUAUGCAAUCCC